CUCCAGCGGCUCCCGGGACCUCAGUCGCCCGCCCCACCCCGGCGAUGGGCUCCCAGGCCACGCAGCUGGUGGAGGCUGCCGACUUCGCGGCGCGCAAGCACCGACUGCAGCGGCGGAAGGACCCCGAAGGGACACCCUACAUCAACCACCCUAUCGGUGUGGCUCGGAUCCUGACCCAUGAGGCGGGAGUCACUGACAUUGUGGUGUUACAGGCAGCGCUGCUCCAUGACACAGUGGAGGACACAGACACCACCCUGGAUGAGGUGGAGCUGCACUUUGGGGUCCAAGUGCGGCGUCUGGUGGCGGAGGUAACAGAUGACAAGACGCUGCCCAAGCUGGAGAGAAAGCGGCUGCAGGUGGAGCAAGCGCCCCACAGCAGUCCCGGGGCUAAACUGGUGAAGCUGGCAGACAAGCUGUACAAUCUGAGGGACCUGAAUCGCUGCACCCCAGUGGGAUGGUCUGAACAUCGAGUCCAGGAAUACUUCGAGUGGGCAGCGCAAGUGGUGAAGGGGCUUCAGGGGACAAACCGACAGCUGGAAGAGGCUCUAAAGCAGCUGUUUAAGGAGCGAGGGCUGACACUCUGAGUGGUGCUUGGAGCCAUCAGGUGGCCCAAACUCCAGCCUUCCCCAGGCCAGAAAGGAUUCAUAUUACCAGCCUUUCGGUGCUUUUGGAUCUCACUCCCUGAUUUAUUCAGCCCAGAUAUCUCUCAGUGUUUCCUGCCAAUUAAGCUGAGCCCUGGAUUGAGGAAAUCAGAUGCAGCUCAUCCAUUCCUGGUGCAUUCACUGCCCCUUCUGCUUGGGUCUGUUUGCUGUUUCGUUUGCAUGGGCAAAACUCUCCCCGCCCCCGCUCCAGGGACUUGGGCUUAUAUAAGCACUCGUUCAUAAGUCAUUAUGAAAAAUAAAACAUUUUGGGUAAAGGUUUAA